AUGGGCGGCCCGCCCGAGGGCGCCAUAGACGCCGCCGCCAUUGCUGAUGCCAUGAUCGAGGUCCCGCCCGUGGAUGCCACAGUCGAGGUCCCACCCGCUCAAGGCGGGCGCGGCCGUCCACGUCGGAGAACCGUGAACACUGUGCUCGCAGAUGUGAUGACACACCACGGCGGCAUCUUGGCGCCGCCAGAGUCUGGGGCGCAGCAGUUCGACAGCCAGGUCGACCCCGUCGACGGCGGACCCGAGGACAGCAUCGGCGGCGCAGCUCUAGCCAAUACUAACCCGUUCGUGGUUUCAGAUGCAGAGUCGUUGAUGGAGCAUGUGUACGAUACUUGCAUUGCUGGGGGCGCCGUGGGCCUGGCAUUCACAGAGGCCGUUCGCUCAGAUGAGACCCAGUUGCCUGCGAGGGGCGCCACGGGGUCGAACGACGAGGGAAAUAUAUACAACGACUUGCCCGACGAUGCUGACGAGAGGGCGACAUUGGUCAACGCCGAAUGGAACUAUGGCAUGUUGUUUGCGAAGCGGGGCAGCGGCGGCCAACCUUCCUCAUACGUCAGCUUCUCAUUCAGUCUCUGCGCCCCUGUUCAAGCGGUUUCGGAUACAACUGGAGAAUGUUAUUACGCCGUGCUGCACCAGACCCGCCUGGCCGACGCAGACCGCGUCGCUCAGAAGUUCGCCCACCACCAGAGGAGCACGACCACAGGCGGGGACAGGGCGUUCAUCAGAGCUGAGCGUCACCGCUCAUGUGUCUACCCCGACAUGCAGUUGCUACAUAAGCUGCGCUGCGUCCAUAGAGCGUCGAAUUGCAAGAAGGACCUUUUCAAGAAAAAAGUGCCCCGAGAAAUUGAGUUCUGCACCAACCUCGCCCUCUUGAUGCGCAGGGCCUACAACAGCAACGCUUUUCGGAGAGAGUGGAAUGGGUGCGAAGAGAUAGUGGAGUAUUUCGUUCUCUUGCAGGGCUUGGGAAUAUGUGCCGACGCAUGGGGCAAGUGGAUUGCUGUGUAUUAUCCCAGCGAGAAGAAGGGCGCACAGCCGAGGGUUGACCUAGACGGCAAGGGCGCGCUCCAAGCUGUCCUGGACUCGAACCCAGCAGGCACGAGCGUGCCGCAUCUCACCGUCGCAGCGCAAGAAGAGUUGAAACAGCUCGAACAGAAGAGCCAUAGGGGUACCGUCACGAAGCACUCAGCUACUAUUGGCCCAGAUGAAGUUCUAUCCACUGCCGUCGUCGUGCUGAGAACAAUGAACUUGCACCGCGAUUGCAUCGGUGGGCUGAUCUACUCUUGCGGUGACCAUAAGAACUUGAAACAGAUAGCGUCAUCAUCCCAGGCGUUGAAGGGCAACCAUGGCCGCACCUUCAUGCAUCAAGUUCUGGAGGCUUACGAUGUGGAGUUGGAGACUCGUCUGGUUGACAACGCUUUCGUUCUGAUGCCAGACUCCGCUCAUUGGGGGAGCAUCCCGCUGCGAUGCAGGACUCUGAGGUUGCAGUGCACUGCGUUCCGCUUGCUAUCCCAGGCCGUCUGCACGACAUCACUUAUCAAGUUGGAGAAAACAUGGUAUCCGGAUAAAGCGUUUGCUGGUAUCCGCAGCGAUGAUGCCAUGAAGGCGGCUCUCGACGAGAAGGAUUGCUUGCUCGACUCCUGGUCGCUGCAGUUCUGCAGGCACCACAGGCGCGGGGUCAUCGAAGACGCGCGGCAUGACUUGAUGCACGUGGCUAGCUUGCUCCAUGAGGACACAGUGAAGCAGGAGUGGCGGAAGCUGCGGGCUGCCGACGUCUUCUUCAGUCGUGAGUGCGGACAGGAAGGCAACGCACAGCCCAGCUUCUCAGGGAUGUGGGCGAAGUUCCGCAGGCUGGGCGACGGCGACAUCGACGAGCUCCAGCGGCAGGCGGAUGAGGCCAACGCUGAGGCCAGCGAGGGGAGGAGGCCUUUUCCGAAGGGUCGGCGCGAGAUGCAGCGGGACAGGGCCCGCGCCGACGCAGAGGCAGUUGCCGCGAUGCACGUCCGCGCUCAGCUCGCCGAUGACAGAGUUGGUCAGCCUGCUCCCCCGCACCGCGCCCUGGAGGCCCACGGGCGCACCCUCGCUGCCGUUGCUGCGGCGUCGGGUGCGUUGGCCGCCAGGCCGAGCGCAGACGCCCUUGCAGUCAUCAAGCGCGCUCUGCGGACCUCUUCGGACUCGGGGCGGCGCGAGGAGAAGGUUGCCGAGCAGCAGGUGGUCGACUUCGCCGAGAGGGGCGGCCGCGCGGGCGCUCGGGAGCUGGCCCUGGCAGCGGGCCGCGCGGUGCCGCAUGCCGCUGGCGCCAGCUUAUUCGUUGCCGGCCAGAGGAACGCGCAGUCCGAGGAGGGCGCCCCGAAUUUCUUGCACGCCGAGUGGGCCGACGACUCCAUUUACCAGCGGGCGCAGCGAUUCGCUGCGCUGACGGGGCAGACCCGCCCAGCGCGCGCGUUGCGAGGUCUCUUGCAUCGCUUCUGGCAUGGGCUGUCCCGCGCCACCUUGCACAAGGACUGCGAGGUGUUCGACGAGCCGCCUGUCCACAGGAGAUGCUGGGAGGCUCGCCGUUGCAUAUGCUGCCCUGGGUCGGCGUCGCUGGUAAAGUUGAAGGCUAAUCUCGAGAAGACCACGCGGCGCUUAUACCGCCCUGGAGCUCUUCGGUCCAACGUUGAUUCAGGGUUCAUCGUGUGCUGUUUCAUCGGCUCGGCUGUUCGGCACGAUGGAGAUGGCGGCCCCGCUGCCGGGUGCGACGACGGCGCCCUCUACGCGUUCAUGCACGUCGGCUUUCACAGCUGGAGCACGUUCGAGCCUUUCUACGCCCCCAUGCGGACGCCAGGGUACGUCGUCGACUUGGACGGCGACCAGAAGCUCAGAGAACGCUUGGUGGAGUUGGAGGCGUUGCCUAGGAGUCUUGAUGCGUGGGAUGCUUGCGAGAUCUUCGACUUGUCGAAGCGUUGGCUGCUGGCGCACUUCGAGCUGAUCGAUAACGACACCGUCUUGGGCGCC